GUUUUGCUGUGUGACGGACGCGCGCGCGCGCGUUUUUUAAGUUUAUCUUGUUUACUUAUUUUUACUGUGAAAUAAUACCAUUAGUAUGCAUUUAGCUUGUCCUAUUUGUUCGGAUUUAUUUGUACCUUCGGCCGAAGUAGACAUAACACCAUGUGGCCACAUGUUUCACCACCUGUGCCUGCUGCAAUGGCUGGAACGCUCCAAAACCUGCCCCCAAUGCCGCAAUCGUUGCACCGAAGCAAGGCUGGUCAAAGUGUACUUCAACGUGACGACGAGCCUCGACACCACCGAGGACAAUGCUGCACUGUUGGAAAAGUUGGACAAUCUUACGCUGAAGGUGCGCGAGCAGCAAAAACAGCUGAAAACGUUUGAGGAAAAAGUGACGGAACAUAAGGGGGAGCAGAAAAAGAUGAGGAAAACAUUGCUGGGCCUGGAGGAGGAGUUGCGCACCAAGAACACGGCCCUGUUUGCGCUCAAGCACGAGACGGAUAUGUUGAGGGGCGAUCGGAAAAUGUUGGGCAAGGUGCAGGAAGAGCUGGAGAGCGUGAAAACGAAGCUACAAUCGUACGCGGUGGUAAAGCAAGCGAUAGAAGCGACCGCACAAGAGGUGGAACAGAUGCUGACCAGCGAUAUGAGCCGCCAGGCGGUGAUCGCACUGGCCACCGCACUGAAACGUGAGCUACAGGCGCAAGAGAUCAAGCGGAAGGAGCAAUCCGACCGGCUGAAGCGUCUGCAGAACGAGCUUGUCGAGGAGCGGAGAAAGCGAAAAACGCUCGAAGACAACCUGUCCACGUGCGACAGUGAAAUCUACCGGCUGGAGCAACUGCUGAAGCAGAAGGCAAAGGAAGCGUCCACCAACACGUCGACCGAGGAGAGCAUCGGUUCUCCGGACGGUUGCGUACCGAACACGCCCGAUCAGCGGCCAACCGUCGGCCGGAAGCGUCCGAUGCAGGAUCUCAACAGCAGCACGCCCUUGUCGGAGAAGGUGCGAAAAAUAGUCAACUCUAACUCACCGUACCUGCGCGUAAAGACGAGCAGCAUCGGGCUGGCGCCACUCAUGCGCGGAGGCUUAAGUGCUAACCCCCAGUCCGCGGCCAGUAUCGCUGCGGAGCCAAAGCCAAAGCCGGGCGUAAGUCUGUCCUCCAAAUAUUCCAUCUUUUCCAAUCCCAGGCUAACGGCAACGGUGUCCGGGUUUACCACGAAGCCCACCGUCUCCCGGCCCGUACAAAACGAAAACCACAGCGAAAGGAAGGAGCAGGAAGAGGCUGAAAGCACAGAACCGCUGGCAGGACCACGCUACAAGUUGACUUCCGCCACCGUUACUGCCCGGCUGAAGUCGGGCAAGCUUACCAGACAUCCUUCUACGGUGAGCAGCAGCGUCAAGACGGGUGAUUUAAACGCAAUAUUCGAUCUAGAUGUAGAUGAUAUCAUAGAGGUUGCCAAAAGACGACUUUCUAAGCGCUUUUGCACGAUGGAGGACGAUUGGGAAGCACUGGCCGAACAGAAGGGCGAGCAGCUGUUUGCCAAGGCCGACGUGAACAAGUGGGCUGGCGAGGACGAGGACGAUGUAAAGGACAACUGGGAGGAUGACGACGAGGAGGAGGAGAAAAAGGAUGCACCCAAACAGGAAGAUACACCUACGAAAAAUGCCAAACCUAAGAAAGCUGCCCAACAGAAGAAACUCAAAAAAGAGGACCUGGAACGACUCCAGCGGGAGGAGGAAGAGUUUGCGAACAUGACGCCGGAACAGCAACUGGCCGAAAAGCGAAGGCUGCAGAAGCUGCAGGAAGAAAAUGACCUGAAAACGGCCAUGGAAACGCUAGGCAUCACGCCAAUGUCCACGGGCAACGGUAUCGAUGGAAUGCAUCCGACCACGAAGGAGGAGUUUACCGAACUGGCCGAAGCGAUAAGCAAAAAGCUGGCCAACUACCGAGCGAGUACGGAAUAUCAAGGCUUUUUGGAAGAGCUUUUGCUGAAACUGUUUGCCAGCCUGUCGUCCAAUAACAUUCGGAAAGCUAAAACCACCCUAGACAACUUGUACUUGGAAAAGCAGAAGGUCGAGAAAGGUGACAAGCCAAAGAAGACCAAAGGCAUCAAGGUGAAAGCGAAGCUGCGUGUCGAGGGUGAAAAUACUACUUUGAACGAGUAUGAAACCAAGUAUGAUGAUUACGACGAUUACGAUGAUUUUAUGUAACGGUCCAUGCUGGUGCACAUGUCGGUUGGAACCAACAGCAUCAAUGUCGUCCAUGUCGUCAUCGUCAGAAUCAAACAACCAUCGCCAUCAUCAUCGCCGCUUAGCCAGAACCAGCGGGAGGGGGAGCAGUGUCUUGCAAGAAGUUGAUCACCGUCUCGAGCAGACCGUGGUGUGGUGCUGGCCUGGCAUUACAGGAUAGGAGAAAUUUAAAAUGCACACACACACACAUACACGCGCGCGCACACAUAUUCAAUAUUAUAAAGGAUAAUGUAGGAUGUAUAGAAGGACUAUUUACUUUAGCUCUGUGUGAGUGCGUGUGUGUGCGUGGGUAGGUGUUUGUGUGGGUACGUAUCCUCAAUGUUAAUCGAUACACAGUUUUGUUACAUUUCAACUCGUUUUUGAUAACUACUACUACUACUCGAUACUACUACUAGCAUGACAGUCUUAGAAAGUCGGAGUCAGAGCCCCGAACACGAGGGAGGUGUGUAGGAUAGAGAAUGGGAGUGUGCGUGUGCACGCAUAAAAGCAUAAUAAAGAGGAAGCAGGAAGUGUGCAUACCAACAUAACUGAUAACAGUCACCAGCUACCAGGAUUUAAACAACAACAAAAACUCUUACCUUCACGUUUGGCAAUUACUCUGUAGUAGGUUCGUUCUAGAGAAGCGUAUAAAAAGGGUUCCCCCCCACACACACACAUUCUUAGGACAUAUAUACCACAAUAAAUCUUCGAGAGCAAUGCAGAAAUCGAGAGACGACCAAUUUGACUGUAAAUAAAACGGUGGAGAUUGCGAGCGGACAACA